AUGGAGUCCGAGAAGGCGUCGCGGCCGGCGUCGCUCCUGGGGACGCUCCGGACGGCGGUGAAGAAGGUGCGGUUCCUGCUCUCCUUCAGCGCCACGCGGUGGAUCAUCAACUCCAUCGCCGGCCGCCGGAGCGCGCCCGGCGCGACGGCGCCGCUCCGCCUCAGCUUCGGGUCCAGGCGGCCGGGCCUGCUCGACGCGGAGGACGACGACGACGGCUCCCCCGCGUCCACCACCGGGCCGUCCAGGACGGUGAGCCUCGGGUCGGGCGGCGUGUCGCGGACGAGCAGCGCGGUGGCGGCGUCGGAGUACUCGCGGUCCGCGUCGUCGGGCGCGACGUCGUCGUCGAGCGGGGGGUCGUCGCCGGCCGGGGACGACGACAUCGACCGGCGCGCGGAGCAGUUCAUCGCCAACUUCUACAAGCACAUCCAGAUGGAGCGGCAGGUGUCGCUGCAGCUGCGGUACUGCCGGGUCGACAGCCUGCAGGAGAGGUCUGCAAUAUUCGAUUUCACAUGGGCGGCCGGAACCAAUGAAUCAAGUAUUUCUUUAUAG